AUGUCAGUUGCCGAGCGUGUUGCAAAUGAGAUGGACGUUAACCUUGGAGAAGAGGUUGGAUAUAGCAUUCGAUUCGAGGACAAGACCAGCUCCAAAACCAUACUCAAGUAUAUGACGGAUGGUAUGUUGUUGCGCGAAGCCAUGCACGAUCACGAUCUCAAGCGGUAUAGCACCAUCAUACUCGAUGAAGCUCACGAACGUACAAUGGCAACGGAUGUCCUCAUGGGUCUUUUGAAGGAAGUCGUACUGCGUCGUCCAGAUAUGAAACUUAUUAUCAUGUCUGCUACUUUGGAUGCGCAGAAGUUCCAACGCUACUUUUCUGAUGCGCCAUUACUGGCGGUUCCUGGAAGAACCCAUCCAGUAGAAAUAUUCUAUACCCCCGAACCAGAGCAGGACUAUGUUGAAGCUGCCAUCCGCACGGUCCUACAGAUUCAUGCUACCGAGCCAGAAGGUGACAUCCUUCUGUUUUUAACGGGAGAGGAGGAGAUCGAAGAUGCUGUUCGCAAGACUUCUCUCGAAGUAGACGAGAUGAUCCGUGAAGUCGAUGCCGGGCCAAUGAAAGUCUAUCCUUUGUAUGGUUCUCUACCUCCAGCCAUGCAACAGCGUAUAUUCGAGCCCCCACCACCGCCCCGAAAACCCAAGGGAAGACCUGGAAGGAAAUGCAUUAUAUCCACAAACAUUGCAGAAACCUCACUUACCAUCGACGGUAUCGUGUAUGUGGUAGAUCCAGGAUUUUCUAAGCAGAAAGUAUACAACCCACGUAUUCGUGUGGAGUCUCUGCUUGUAUCCCCUAUCUCAAAGGCCUCAGCUCAACAACGUGCUGGUCGUGCUGGUCGUACUCGACCUGGGAAAUGUUUCCGUCUCUACACUGAAGGCGCUUUCAAAAAGGAACUUAUCGAACAAACGUAUCCGGAAAUUCUUCGCUCAAACUUAUCUUCCACGGUUCUGGAUUUAAAGAAACUUGGUAUUGAUGACUUGGUUCACUUUGAUCUCAUGGAUCCUCCAGCUCCUGAAACCCUGAUGCGAGCCUUAGAAGAGCUCAACUAUUUGGCAUGUCUAGAUGACGAUGGAAACCUCACUGCUCUUGGUCGAUUAGCCUCCGAGUUUCCUUUGGACCCUGCUCUGGCUGUGAUGCUGAUAAGCUCCCCAGAGUUCUACUGCUCCAAUGAAAUCUUGUCUAUUACUUCCUUACUUUCAGUACCCCAAAUCUUUGUUCGCCCUGUUGCGCAGCGGAAGCGUGCAGAUGAAAUGAAGGCGCUCUUUUCCCAUCCAGAUGGUGAUCAUCUUACUCUACUUAAUGCCUAUCAUGCAUUCAAGGGGCCAGAAGCACAAGCUAACCCUCGACAAUGGUGCCAUGAUCAUUUCCUCUCCUUACGAUCUCUGCAGUCCGCUGAUAAUGUCCGACUACAGCUUCAGCGUAUAAUGGAGCGGGAAGAAAUUGAGUUAGUCUCUACCCCAUUUGAAGAUAAGAAAUAUUAUGAGAACAUCCGUCGCGCACUUGUAGCUGGAUUUUUCAUGCAGGUUGCCAAGAAAGAGAGUCAAGGGAAAAACUUGUAUCGUACUGUCAAGGAUAACAAUGAGCCGGUUUUAUUGCAUCCUAGCACAGUUUUGGGAUAUGAGGCUGAGUGGGUCUUGUACAACGAGUUUGUCUUGACCACGAAGAGCUUUAUUAGAACUGUCACCGCAGUUAAGGGAGAAUGGCUUUUAGACAUUUCUCCUGCGUACUAUGAUAUCUCCAGUUUCCCGAAAGGAGAAAUUCGGUCCGCAUUGAUUCGAGCUGGCGAAAGACUAUCUCGAAAGGAAAAGAUGCGAUCUGAUGCGAGCAAAAAAAGAUGA